CCCGGACCCGGCUUGCGCGGCGAUGUCGGCGGACGCGGAUCACGCUCGCAGGCGGAGGCACACGCACGACAACUGCGAGUUCCCCAAAGACUUGGAGCCCAAGGCCGACCCACAUCGGAGGGGAUCUCUCUGCGACCGGCACUGCGCUGCUGUCAACAACACCCACGGGGACGUGGGGGACCUGCAUUCGGGGUCCCACCAGCUCAUGCAUGGCAUCCUCACCCCCAGGAUAUUGCCAGUGUUUUCGAACCCUUCCUGCUGCCCCCACCACUCCGAGGAAGUGCCGACAUGCGAUGGCUGCCUGGUGAAAACCACCCUCACCGCAGAGAACGAGGUGGAAGCUCACAAACUCUCCAACAAUUACAAGUUUGGCUUUAAGAAAUGGAAGAGUCACGUGACGGCCAGGCCCUGGGAAGACCGCUCGGAAAUUGUGAAGGAGCUGUACUCUGACCUGAACAUAAUUAAAAGCCCUGCAGGCUCCAUGCUGACAUGUGGAAAUAUUUUCUACCUGCUGUGUUUCGGAUGGUGGCUGUCCUUGCUGUACGUCCUGGUCUCCGUCCUGAUGUUCCUCACCAUCCUGGGGGUGCCCUACGGUAAGCUGUGCUGGAAACUUGCGGGAUAUUUCCUCUGGCCAUUUGGGAAAGUCAUUCAAAAGACGAAAACUUACCAUCGGAACUGCAACAUGAAGUUCAGCAAAUACGACGCCAUCGCGGAAGUGAACGAGGUGAAGGAGACGACUCCCCUCGUCGCCCGCCAGGAGUCGGCUUGCGAGGACAGUGCACCACACUGGCGGCGCCCCAACACCUAUGUCUGGCUUCUGUUGGGCUACCCGCUCCUCUCUCUCGCCCACGGGCUCAUCUGCUUCAUCUGCUGGCUCCUCGUCUUCAUCAUCCCCAUCGCCAAGAUGAACGGCCGCACCGUCACCAAGGUCCUCCUCCUCCCCCCGGAGCAGGUUCACGUCCAGCGGCUGCGGAAGACAGAAGUUCCCCUCGACGCCGAAGUGGUCCUUUGCUGCUACCGGGCUGUGAAUGCUUAUUACUACAAGUACGCAGUGGAUGGGAUCAAUGUAUUUGCCGUCAAUCUGCUCCCUUUGGUUAUUGUGACUCUGGUUCUGGGCUAUGCGGAUAAGCACAACCAUUAUACCAGCUCUGUGGUUAAGUUCACCUUGGCGCUACUCUCCAUCAUGCCCCUGUCGUACUACAUUGGCAUGGCCAUUGCCAGCAUCUCGGCCCAGAGCAACUUCGCGGUGGGGGCCGUGGUCAACGCCACGUUCGGCUCCAUCACGGAGCUCACUUUCUACAUCACGGCCCUCAUCAAAGGCGCCCGAGAAAAGAACAAGUGCUACGAGGAAAUCGUCAAGUCUGCCUUGACAGGGACCCUCCUGGGCUGCGUCCUCUUCAUCCCGGGGCUGUGCAUGGUGAUUGGGGGCAUUCGGCACCAAGAGCAGAGAUUCAACAGCAGGUCAGCCGGGGUCAGCUCUGCCCUCCUCUUCCUCUCUGUAGGAGGUGUGUUCGCUCCAACCCUCUUCUCCAAAGUCUACGGGAGGCUGGUCUGCGGGGAAUGCCAGAAUGUCACCCAAGAGCCACCGGGGCACUACGUCUGCCAGAGCUGCUACUUCGACUUGAUGGAAAACAAUGGGACCCUUUACUACAGCCAUGUUGAGCCCCUGGUGUAUACGGUGUCCCUGUUGCUCCCAGCGGCCUACAUUAUCGGCCUGCUCUUCACCCUGAAGACUCACUCGCACAUCUACGACAUCCACGUCAGCGACUGCCACAUGCCCGGCCACCAUCACAGCGCUGUGGUCCAUUGGUCUCGCUGGAGGGCUUUGCUCAUCCUGCUUGUUGCCACUCUCGGCAUGUCUGCCUGCGCCGACCUGGCCACGGAGCACAUCAGCCCCAUCUUGAAUAACUCGGCGGUGUCUCAGCACUUCAUUGGCGUGACCAUCCUUGCCAUGGUGCCAGAGCUCCCAGAGAUCGUCAACGGGAUCCAGUUUGCCCUGCAGAACAACCUCAGCCUGAGCAUUGAGAUUGGGAACUGCAUCGCGGUCCAGGUCUGCAUGCUGCAAAUCCCCAUCCUGGUGCUUUUCACCGUCUUCUAUCCCACGGACUUUAUCCUGGUCUUCAGUGACCUUCACGUCUAUGCAAGCAUGUUCAGCGUGGUCCUUAUGAAUUACAUCUUUAUGGACGGCAAGUGCGACUACUUCCAAGGCACCGUGCUGGUGAUGGUUUACUUCAUCCUCCUCGCAGUGUAUUACUUCGCUCCUUCUCCCGCCGGGUGCUGAUGACUUGCACCGCGCUGGGCCCUAUCCUCCUGUCUCUUUGGAAGGUUCCCGACUCCCACCGAGGAAUGUGCCUUUUGCUCAGGGACUUUAAAAACCGCCACCACCAGGGAAGGUCUCCCGCUGCGUCUUUUCAAGUUGGUGGUG